CCGCGGUUCCUACCGGCUCCAGAGCGAAGCAGGAAGUGGAGCGAGAGGUGGAAACAUGGAGUUAGGAUUUGUUGUCGAGAAAAACAGGGCUUUGGCAUGGACGUAGACGUGUGUUGAAGUUAUUUUUCUGCCACAUUUCGGUUUAUAAUAAAGAUCUGGUUUGGAAACCAUGAAGAUAAAUGAAAACACGCUGCUGGAGGGACACAGAGUUGUGUUGGUUCCGUACAACAAACACCAUGUGGUCAGGUAUCACGAGUGGAUGAAGUCACCUGAGCUGCAGCUGCUGACUGCUUCAGAGCCGCUGAGCCUGGAGGAGGAAUACAACAUGCAGAGGAGCUGGAGGGAAGAUGAAGACAAGUGCACGUUCAUUAUCUUGGACAAGCAGCGGUGGAUGGAUUCCAGUCUAGAGGAGGAGCAGUGCAUGGUGGGAGACGUCAACAUCUUCCUGACCGACCCCACAGAUUCAUUGUUAGCUGAGCUGGAGGUCAUGAUAGCAGAGCCCAGCUACAGAGGAAAAGGCAUCGGGAAGGAGGUGACCCAAAUGAUGAUGAGCUACGGGAUGAGCAAACUUGGGAUCGGAAAGUUUCAAGCAAAGAUCGGGCUGGACAACCAGGUCAGCAUCGCCAUGUUCAAGAAGCUGCUCUUCCAGGAGGUGUCGGUGUGUAAGGUGUUCAAAGAGGUGACUCUGGAACUGAUGGUGGAUAAAUCUGUUCGGGUGAAGCUGCUGGAAGACAUGGCUCAUGUGAAGGAGAAGAACUACAGACAGACCUGCAGCAACAGACGGGAAUUGCGUUCACAGUGAGGUGCUUCCUUAAGAAGUCAGUAAAUUUAAAAUAACUUUAAUUUAGCUUGUAGGCUUUACAGGUGGUAUAGGUGACUACAAAAAAAUCGGAAUCAGGCUAACUGUUAUGUCUUUAUGCUAAGCUAAGCUAAGCCACUGCUGGUCGUAGGUCCAUUUUUAUCAACACAAAAGUGGCAUCAAUCUUCUGAUCUAACUUGUUGAAACCAAACCAAGCUCCAACAGGUCAGACUGUUCCUUUAAAGGUUCCACAUUAUACCAAAUUAAUAGUCCACAAAUGUUUGUCUAACCAACAAUCCAGUGACAACUCUACAUUUGGUUUAAAUUGAAUAUAUCCAUUUGCCUCGUGGAUUUGUCCACUUCGAUUCUCUUGAAGACACCGUAGCGAUGAAAUGUUAAUGAAAGUCUGUUUGCACAAUAAAAGCCUGUAAACUAUCA